CUCUCUGUGUGUGUGUGUGUGUGUGUGUGAGAGAGAGAGAGAUGACGAGAGAGAGAAAGAGGUUGGCUUAUUAUCUCAUGAAAGAGCCCGGACAGUUCCUCCCACCGGUGUCCGUCUAUUUAUACAAACGCAGCCGUGGGUCGUGAUAACAGCACGCAACUGGGACAUACAGAGAUACAUCACAACGAGUGCCGGCUCUGGCCCAGGCUGCAGCCAUGCCUCUUUUGGAAGAGACCACUCUGCCACAAGAGCACCCACCCACUUUCCCUGUGGUUAUCAUCGGUAACGGCCCAUCAGGCAUUUGUUUGUCCUACCUGCUGAGUGGCCACAAGCCCUACCUAGAUACAGCAGCUGUGCACCCAAACCCAAUACUUUACAGGAAACUGCAGGAGACCAAGCACCUAUCCAUCACUGAACAGGUAAAAACACCCAUUAAUUCCUUGCACAUAGGAUCACAGUCACUCAGGUGUGUCAUGAUAAUAACUUGUUUUUUGCAGGAUCUGGAAUAUUUAAGUGAAGGUCUCGAGGGGAGGUCAAGGAACCCUGUAGCUGUGCUUUUUGACACACUUCUGCACCCCAAUGCUGACUUUGGCUACGAGUUCCCCCCUGUCCUUCAGUGGAGGAGGGACAAGAAGCAACACAUCCCACAUCUGGUGCUGGGGAGGGCAACGCCUGGAGGUGCUUGGCAUGCAAUGGAGGGCUCAAUGCUGACUAUUAGUCUUGGCAUCUGGAUGGAGCUUCCCGGGGUUAACUACAGGGACUUGACCAACGGGAAACACAGGGAUGUAACCAGUGACAGAGCCACCCCAGAGGAGAUCUCAUCCUAUUACCGUAACUAUGUGAAGCUAAAGGGCCUUCAAAAGAAUUUUGUUGACAACACCUACGUGACCUCUGUCCAGAAACUCUGCCGGGGGCACGAGGCGGAAGGUCUGGAAAAUAGGCACAGUGAUCAAGUAGAUGGAGGGGUGGGAGAAGGGUUUGAGGGAAAUGGAGUUGAGUGUCUAAAUAAUGGAGGAGGGGGGGCUCUCUGGGAAGUAAGGGGAUACCAGCAGGUGCAGAACAACACUCAUGUGCCCUUCUCUCUGUUUGCUGAGAAUGUAGUAGUGGCCACUGGUGCGUCCGAUUCGCCAGUUCGAUUAGGCGGAGAGGGGGAGGACCUACCAUUUGUAUUCCACAGCAUCUCAGACCUGGGUUUGGCCGUAAGCCAGAGAAAACUGGAUAUGCACUCUGAUCCGGUUUUAAUUGUAGGUGCCGGUUUAAGUGCUGCCGAUGCAGUUCUGUGCGCUUGUAACAGCCACAUCAGAGUGCUGCAUGUCUUUCGUAAGAGCGUAGACGACUCAGACCUCAUCUUCAAACAGCUGCCCAAGACCCUGUACCCGGAGUACCACAAAGUCUACCACAUGAUGUGUUCUCAGACCUACACAAACGUGGCUCCCUCCUCUGCUUUAAACAGACCCCAGGCAGUAAGUAUUGCCUCUUCAGUGUGUGCCAAGAUGUGCCCAAAGCCCCAACUUGCCGCAGGUAACAUGGCUGGUAAUGGCAGCGUCAGCCUGUUUGCUGACUACACCAGUUUCCCUGAACACAGCUUGGUGUCCUUCCAGUCUGACAUGAAGUGUUUGCUGCAGGGGAACAACUCCCUCAAGGCAUUCAAGAUCUCCAUGGCUCUAGUGCUGAUCGGGACAAACCCAAACUUGUUUUUCUUGAAGGGCCAGGGCCAGUACCUGGGUCAGGAUCCAACAAAACCCAUCUCCUGCACGCAGAACCCCAUUGACAUCCAUCCCUACACUUUUGAGUGUACCAAGGAGCCAGGUCUGUUUGCCAUGGGCCCGUUGGUGGGAGACAACUUUGUUCGCUUUUUGAAGGGUGGCGCUUUAGGCAUCGCCUCGUGUCUGCUGAAGAGACUCAAGAAGAAAGGGACGCUCAUCAGCAAUGGAGGGAAUAACUUCAUUUGAAAACAUGUUGGAGAAAAGAGCAAUACACGAAGGUCGUAGGAAACAGAUUUCCAGCUCUCUCACCAACUGAUAUAAAAGUUGAAGGGGAAAACAAGAGUUUUAAUGUUUUAAUCAUUUAGGCAGUUGUUUUCUCUCAUCAAAGCUAAGGCAUUGAGACCAAAAAGACAGUGGAUGUACGCUAAUUAGUUUCUAAAGAAACAAAAGACAGCUUUCAAGAGUCUUGUCUGACUUCAUAAGAAGUACCCAGAAGUCCAAGCUACCAUGUGUCAAUGUUUUCUAGUAAAUCUGUAACCUCACAACUGAAUGGGACCUUAUUUUCAUCAGGGCUAUUUAUUCGUUCACCAUGUGUCUUUCAAUCCAUUUACUAACAGCAGUUAAAAGUAGAGGCCAUUGCGCUCAUUCUCCAUGCAACUUACAGCUAUAGCUGUGGAAGUGACUGACACUCACAGAGCAAUCUGUGGUCCUGCUUACAAAGUUACGAUCAUCCGAACUCCAAACUGGAGUGGUGAGUAAUUGCCAUAUUGGACGCACACAAGCUUUAUCUCAGAACGUGUGACCCAACAAGUUCAUGGCUACGCAAUCUUAAUGUUCCUGAUUAUUCUGAGCCUAACAUUUUUCUUUAACUUCAGAGGAUUCUUUGUUUAGCUGCCAUUGUUGGUAGUUGAAGCCAUAUACCUAAAAAAGUUAGAAAAAGUUGGUUUGGUUAUAGUGCUACUGAAAAGCUUUCUAUGCAAACAAUUUCACUUGCAGAUCUGAAUGUAUUCUUAGAAACCCAAUUCUACUGUUUGGAUUCAAGUAUCCUGGCAAAAAGAUAUGAUCAUCAAAGGAUCACUCUGGUGUUGUGAUUCUGAUAAUGCUUGCUUUUUCUUUUUUCCAGAAAGAUUGUGAAUGUUUUUUCAUUUGGCAGCCUACUUUGACUUCUGAGACAUGGAAACCUCUCAUCAAAUGAAACCAUGCUUUUAAUUUAAUUUAACAAACAGCCAGUAUUGUUUUGUGAAGUGUCAAAUAACAGUUUAGACAGGUUGUGAGCAGAAACAGUAGCAAUACAUUCUCCCUUUCCUCUCUAUUCUCCUUCCUUCCUUCCUUCCUAUGCAGUACGCAUAAUGUGUUUGUGUGCUGCUCUUUGCACAACUCAUGGUUUGUUUAUUGUAACAUGAGAUUUUCAUUUUUUUCUUCAAUGCAAUAUGGUACUCUGAAUUAACGUGUGUGGGAGUGUGGUGGGGGUAGGGGGGUAAUGUAUUACGUAAAUAACACGUUACUGUAGUUAUAUUACUUUUUACACUAACAAAGUUAGAAGUUUGACACAUUACUGAUUUUUUUUGGUAAUCAUAACAGUUGACUAGUGAAAAUGUUUCUCGUGUUAAUUAUUACAUUUCAGCUGAAUUAUUCUUUGAUGCUUUUUUCACUGACUUCUGAAUAUUGUUUUGAUAUGAAUAUUAAAUACAUGCAUGCAGGCAUGAAAUAUUGCCUCGCAGCAGCUGCUGUAAGCAAAGGACAGAAAAGUGCUCGGACAGACUUCGGAUGUAAAAGUACAUGUAAGGAAUGCAGAGACUGGGUGACUCAGAAGAGGAGAUAACUAUUUAAGAUAACCAAUUAUUACCGUUUUGAAUUUACUAAAAAGGAAAAUUAAAAAUAUGAUCACAGUCGGACACUUCUGUCCACCACUUUCAACUCCAAGAGCAACCUGCUCGCUUAAUGAAGCACCAACAGGUUUAUUGUGUGUCCAUUCACAUACGUCACAUUUUAGUAGAUUUGUAUGGAUUUUAGAAAGCAACUUGCGAGUACCGAGUAGAACAUUUGGUUUUACUCAUUAAGUAAUACGCUAAAUAAACUCAUGGCAAUUUAGAGAGAAGAAUUGUUUAAAGGCCAGCCUCCUUCCUUUUGACACUCUGCUGCCCGUUUAUUUACAGCACAAUUCAUGUCAACUGCUUAGUCGACACUCUCAACUCAUACGCGGCACUUGCCUUGAAUAUGAAUAGACGGGUGGGCUUCAACUAUCCGCACAGAACGGCCCAUAAAUGUUCUGGCAUGACGACGACUUAUCUGAACAGUUUCAGAUCUGUAGAAGUGCCUGUAGGCUCAUCGGAGAUUGUUCGAGAAGCAGCAACUGGAAUCUCUCUUCAGUUCCUAGUUCAGCUAAAAGCAGGGAACACAUUUGGUCUUGAGGAAUAGCUGCUUUCAGCAUGUAGAAUUUUAACACUCUCUUGUACAACUGAAGAGUUUUUAAUGUUUUGUAUGGCGCAUUUUUUUUUAUUAUUGACGAAUAAAACUUUGACAAAAAUCUCUGAACAUGAGACUGUUUUGUUUCAUUGUUGGCUGUCAGUGGCUUCAUUACGUACAUUAUAUAUAGAAAGAACAGGAAGAACAGCAAGACACAACACUGGAAGAUAUGUCUGAUCAUCUUAGCAGUUAUAAAGCAGUUAUAGUUGAAGUGCAGAUAUCAGGCGUUAUCUAUCGAAUUAAAUCUGGAGUCCUUUUUAUACUUUGAUGAUGGAGCUUGACAAACUUCCUGUGCCUUUUGAAAUGAAUUCCCUCCAUAGGACGUUAAGAUGAUGGCGUUUCAUCUUCUCCUGCUUUGUUUGGUGGGGUUGUACCUAAAGACACACAAAAGAUGUUAUCUUACAGGUCCGUCCAUGUCAGGAUGGGCUGUUAACAUUCCUCGUGGAUCAUUCCUCAAUGUCCUUAGAGGCAUUUUGAAC